AUGGGAUCGUUGUAUCGCAGCGAGCCGAUGAAGCUUUGCGAAAUGAUUUUGGUCAGGGAUGCCACCUAUGAUUGUGUCGCGGAAUUGGGAAAGUAUGGCAUUGUGCAAUUCAAUGACACACAAGUAGGCGAGUUAGAGCUUGAUUUCGUCUCGUUGAAUAAAAACGACAGUUAUAUUAGGAAAAAUCUGAAUGAAAUGCGAGAAUUCCAAUAUGUCUUACAACGGGUGGAGCAAUUUUUCGAAGUCCACAUGGAAGAUGAAGCAAUGAUCAACAUCGAGGCUCCUGGCGCUGAGCAGGAUUCGUUGAAUAAGUCGAUUAGCGCUGGUGGACAUAUUUCUGGUCAAAAUGAUGUACCGCUUACGCCCUUGCUCAACGAUGAAAAAGGUGAAAAUGCAUGGUAA